AUGAGGAAUAUUCCUGGCCUGCUACUACUUACAUUUGUAACUUUCUUCGAUUUUACAACGUCACAUCGCUCAUACAUUCGGUCAGACUGUGCAAGAGAGUUAGGUUAUGUUCCGCGCGGAGACGUUGAAGUGGCUCAUUCUUUAUUCGGCGGUGUCAAAUCGAAAGCAAAGAAGCAUGACAUAUUUUUAAUACGUUUAAAAGAUCUCGAUGAGUCUUACGCGUGUAAUUUCUCUGUAUUGUGUCGAGAUAUAAUCUGCGACACAAUCCCCUGUGUCAAGGAGGAAUCAUGGGUUAACGAAUUACGUGAGCGUAAUAUUUUCUUAUCUGAUAUCGGAAGUAAAGAAAAAUCUAUUGAUGUUUUGAUCGGUACUGAUGUGGCCGGAAAGUUAAUAACGGGAAAUAAAUUUGACAUGAACAAUGGUCUAAUCGCGUUUGAAACUUUGUUGGGAUGGACGGUUAUGGGAAAAUUACCAGAACAGCGUAAAGAAAAAACCGAAACUAUUGCUAUGUUUACGACGUUGUUCAUCCAAGAGGCCGAUGUAUCCGAUCUUUGGAGCUUAGACGUUCUCGGUAUCACGGAUCCUAUUCAAGCUGAAAAGGAUAUUAUAAAAAAUGAAAAUACGCGAAAUUUUGUAAGAGAAACGGCAAAAAUUACCUCGGAAGGUAGAUAUGAAGUAAAAUUGCCUUGGAAAGACGAUCACGUGCCUUUACCCGAAAACUAUGACGUAGCACAACAAAGAUUAAAAACGACGGUGGAAAAGUUAAAUAAGCAAGGUAUUGCCUCCGCGUAUAAUGACGUUUUUGAAUCAUGGUUGACAGAAAAGAUAAUAGAAAGGGUUCCCGAAAAUGAAAUUUCACGCGUAGGUCAUUAUUUGCCGCAUCGUCCGGUCAUAAAAAUGAAUAGCACGACUAAAAUCAGGCCCGUAUUUGAUGCUUCGGCUAAAAGGAAGGGAAAUCCAUCUCUCAAUCAAUGUCUGAAAAAGGGUCCGAAUUUGAUAGAACUUGUGCCAUCAUCCCUUAACAGAUUUCGGGAAAGAGAGAUUGGUGUUAUUUCUGACAUAAAAGGGUCAUUUUUACAGAUAGUCGUGGAUCCAGCUGAUAGAGAGUUUCUCCGUUUCUUGUGGUUAGUGGAUGGCAAAAUAGUAGUUUAUAGACAUUGUCGCGUUGUUUUUGGAUUGUCGUGUAGUCCCUUUUUACUGGCAGCGACAAUCGAAAUGCUUUUAGAAGCAGCUUCGGAAAAAGCGAAAGAGAGUGACAAAUAUCUGUGGACAGAAAACUCGGUUAAAAAAUUAAGGGAGUCAUUUUAUGUCGACAAUUGCGUGACUAGCGUUGAUUCGAAGGAAGAAUUGGAAGUUUUUGUUCGUGAAGCUAGAGCAAUUAUGGCUACGGGAGGUUUCGAUUUACGGGGAUGGGAAAGUUCCGGAGGUGUUUCACAAGGAGAAUAUGUACUUGUUCACGGAAUCUCUUGGAAUAAACACAAAGAUACGAUUUCCAUCAAUCCGACCGUAGUAUACAUAGGUACGCCAAUAGUCAUAACGAAAAGGGUUAUACUAUCCGCAGUACACAAAAUAUUCGACCCGAUCGGCUUCACAUGUCCCGUGUCCUUACAGCCGAAAAUCUGGCUUAAGCAAUUAUGGAAAGAAAAAGUCGGUUGGGACACGGAAAUUAAUGACAAACACAGACACGAAUUUUUAGUUCGGAUAAACGAUUUACCUUUAUUAAAACAAAUUGAAAUACCGCGAAAAAUCGGAAAUGGUAGGCUGUCAAUUCAUACAUUCGGAGAUGCAAGUGGUUUAGCUUAUGCCGCCGUGGUAUUCGCAAGAAUUUAUUUCGGUAAUUUUGUCGGCGUGCAACUUUUAAAUGCGAAGUCUCGAAUUUCUCCAGAAAAAGCAUCUAUGCCCCGUCUCGAAUUAAUGGCCGCAUCUAUAGCCGUGAGGCUUACACGUUCGCAUCAUCGCUGUCUACAGAUGAGUUCAUUGAGUGUUUCCGUAGAUUUAUCGCAAGGCGCGGGCGACCUCGAUAUGCUUAUACCGAUAACGGAACAAAUUUUAGAGAUCGAAUGGCAUUUCAACCCACCCUCAGCACCGUGGUGGGGAGGCUGGUGGGAAAGAUUAAUAGGCGUUCUGAAAACAAUAUUACGAAAAAUCUUAGGCAAAGCAAGCCUUUCCUAUGAAAGCUUAACGACUGCCCUUUGCGACGUUGAAGCAAUUAUAAAUUCACGUCCACUAACUUACGUAUCAGAAGACGAAGAGGAUUUAAAACCUCUAACCCCCGCAAUGUUUCUUCAAGAAAUACAAGAAAUCGGAGUUCCGGAUUUUGAUAUGCUUUAUCACGAAAACCUAGACUUUCUCGCUUUUCCUCGCCUCGCCUUAGACGCAUGUGACGACAUUCUAGCUUUGCCUCGCUUUGCCAAUGUCUACCUCGGCAGCUAA